AUGGCACGCUCUUUGCGCCGAUCCAACCCCAUCACCAUCAUCCUCGCUGGCAUUCUCUGCAUAGGCUUCUUCGUCUUCUUCUUCUCGGGCGGCGAUGGCCCCUCCGCUGGCAGAUCCAACCGUAGCGAGACGGCGUCAAGCCCCUUGUCUCCACCCUCACUGCCCUUCCGCAAAUCCAAGGCCAACGCUCCACAGGCGGCGCCGCCCGUCGUACAUUACUACAUGAACAAUGUCACCACCUCGCGGACGCCCAUUGAGAACGAGGAGACGGUCCUCAUCCUGACGCCCCUCGCGCGCUUCUACCAAGCGUACUGGGACAAUUUGCUCAAACUCACCUACCCCCACCAUCUCAUCUCCCUCGGUUUCAUAAUACCCAAGACGAAGGAAGGCAAUGCAGCCUAUGCAGCUCUCCAGGCCCAGAUCACGAAGACGCAGACAGGGCCCAAAGCAAAGCGCUUCUCGUCCAUCACCAUCCUUCGCCAGGACACUGAGAGCCCUUUGAUCUCUCAGGAUGAGGCUGAGCGACAUAAGAUGGAAAAUCAGAAGCCACGUCGCGCAGCCAUGGCCAAAGCGCGCAACUCUCUCCUCUUCACCACACUAGGGCCUACGACAUCCUGGGUCCUCUGGAUGGAUGCGGACAUCGUCGAGACCCCGGCCAGUCUGAUCCAGGACCUUGCUAGCUAUGAUGUGCCCAUCAUUGCACCCAACUGCUUCCAGCGAUACUACAACGAGGAAAAGAAGGCCAUGGCCAUUCGUGAAUACGACUUCAACAACUGGAUCGACAGCCCCACGGCGAGGGAGCUAGGCGCAAAGAUGGGCAAGGAUGACAUUCUGCUUGAAGGAUACGCCGAGAUGGCGACUUACCGCACUUUAAUGGCCAAGAUGUACGAUCCAUCCGCCGAUCCUGGUACUAAGAUCAAGCUCGAUGGUGUUGGCGGUGCAACACUACUGGUCAAGGCCGAGGUACACCGUGAUGGAGCCAUGUUUCCACCAUUUGCCUUCUACCAUCUCAUCGAGACUGAGGGAUUCGCCAAGAUGGCGAGCCGCUUGAACUGGGAGAGUUUCGGAUUACCAAACUACCUUGUAUUUCACGUUAACGAGUAA